AUGGAGGCCCAGCACGCCGCGCGGGUGCUUUCCAUCCCGGUUAAACAACUCCCGAGUUUGACGGCGGCGGAUGUGGAGAGGGCCUGGGGGCGGGCCUACGCGGCGGCCGCGGGGGUCUGCCGUGAGGAGGUCCUCACCGCGGCGGAGGUUCUGCUCGAGUAUUUGGACUCCGCCCUGCAUCGGGAGAAAUGCCGCGAGGACUACCGCGAGAUUAUCGAGAAAUCCAGGCUCGCGAUCGACGCGGAGCUCGCCCGCACACGGGAGGGGUUGUGGGAGACCUUUUUUUACUUCUUCGCCGUGGCGAUGGUCGGGGGAUGUUUGUUGAUUUUUGUCAUGAUCGCGUUGCGGUACAUCUCCCCGAGCUCCGACGCCUCGCGGAUCACUGGAGAGAUCGGGGGGUUACUGAACUUCACCGCCCUUAGCCUUCACCGUGACGAGGACACUUCUUCUUCUUCUCGCUAUUUGUCUUCUCCUCCGACGGCGAUGAGCAUGGAUAAGCGGGAUGGGCGCUACGAUCAGCAGUUUUUGCACUCUGAGGGGAUUCGGCUGCUUAGCGAACACGACGAAUACCGUCGUGGAGAAGCCGACGAGAUCGCGUCGAUGAUGCGCCGUGGUGUAAAUACGGAUGAAAACGAGGUUUCUUCUUCUUCGCCAUCGUUGUCAGGGGGAGAAUCCCAGAAGCCGAUAAGCUUUUUUGGGUUUGCGCGGCUGUUAGAGGAGGACAUAAACGCGGGAUCGUACCUCCAGCGCCUUAUAAAGUCAUCUUCCUUUUUACUUACGGGUGAUAAUACUAAUAAUUAUCGCAAUACCUCCAGUGAGAGGUGA